AUGGAAGAUACUAUUAUAUAUUUAAUGGAAAAGAUGAAGAUCGAAGAAUCUGAAGUGAAAUCAUCGGAAAAGAUGAGAAGCUCAAUAGACAGGAUAAAGAUGCAACGAGCAAGAUCAAAUGAAACAAGAUUCACGAACUGGGAGAGUAGUAUCAGAGUUCAAAAAUUUGCUCAACAGCGAAGGAGAGAAUAUGUCCCAGCAGAGUGUCACAAAAGAAAGAGGGAAGUCGAUUACCGUGUAUUUUUUGUCAAG